AUUCCCGGGUCUCUCUGCCCGGGCGCGUCUGUCCAUGCAUCAUGUAUUUUUAAUUCAUGCGCCUUAGCAGCGCCGGGCACAACCAAUUACGGCUGGUGGGCUCAUGUCUAGGUAUACGUGUAGUAGGUCUCUUAGGUACCCAUCUCGCCGCAAAUACUGUGGGCAUAGGCUGGCACGGCGCACUACCUGCACUAGCCCAGCCUGAACCAAUCGAGAGAUUGGCCUUUUCUCACCCGCCCUCGAUCGACUCUCUCGUCUUCGACCGCAAGCUCCGACCAACAUCCUGGGACAGAGAGCCAGCUCUUCCAUCACGCUCGCUCUUCAUCAUCCUAACUUUAAACCUCCCGUUUUGUCUAAUAGUCACAUUCGUUAUUGUGUCCUUGUUAAUGUGUCCUUGCUUACACUCGCUCGCUUCCUGUCUACCAUUUACCUAAUUCAGCGCCCCUGAGCUGCUUGUGUAUUUUGUCUUCUGUCUUCGGCGUCUGCCUCGCUACCCAGAAAUCCGUGCCAUAAUCAGGGGGCCAGGGCUUGUUCUCUGCACGU